AUGGCACCCCAACGACCGUUGGCGGGGAUGCCCGCCCAAGGGGAUGGUGAGAUCGGGCUGUCGAAGGGCUACUGCCGAAGUCGCACGGAUGAGCGUCGCCUGCCAGGAGCGCCCCGGGGCACGCCCGAGGAGCUGAUGCCCAGGACACCCCGGAGGGGCUGCCCGCGCCGAGGACACCCCGGAGGAUGCCUGCCCAGACACCCCCGGGGGGAGCACUGCCCAGGGCACCCCGGAGGGGCUGCCGCCGAGGACAUGCCCGGGGGACUGCCUGCCCAGGCACGCCUGAGGAGGCCCGCCCCAGGGGAGCCGGAGAAGCUACCGGGAACAGCCCUUAUUUUGCAAACCCCGUGCAAGCCCAGCCACGGCAGCCACCCUGAACCCUUACGUGCCUCGGGUGGAAAAAAAACCCCCCGAGCAAGGAUGAACUGUCAUCCCUGCCCCAAAGAUGGCGGCAAGACGAAAAACAUGACAAAAGUCUGUCCCCAGUUUGUCCAACAGAUGGACUCUCGUGCUGGCCCCCCCAGGCAGCCCCAGCCCGGGAAAGGGUCCCUGAGCCCCCCUCAGACGACCCCACUGACUGAAUAG